UAGCCACAACCACGCGGGCGGAUUGCCUAACGAAAAGUUCGCCCAUUACGCUACCAAUUUCCCAAUUUCUGCCGUUCUCUUCCAUUUUGGCCUCCCUUAUCACUCCCCAUAACUGCCGCAGCGGGCGUUUAUUCAGCGGUGCCGGUCGUCGUCUCCACCGCAUUCAAGGAGGGAACUAUUUUCACCGUCACAGAAACACGGAAUUCCCUCAUGUCCACAUCGGAGCAAGCCCUUGUUACUUUACUCUCUCGUUUUGCUUUAUCGUUUGAUGGAGCGGUUUUAGGCGCUGCCCUAGCUUAUGCUACCGUUCGUACCGUCCUUAAACUGACUGCUUCUUGCUCCGCUCUCAAUGAGCUCCGUAAAGCUCCUUAUGUUACUGUUUCUGAUCUUCGUCAUAUCGUUUCCGACGGAAAUUCGGAACAAUCCGAGUCUGAUCGGAAGCUUGUUGUUGUUCGUGGCACCGUGGAGACUAGGUCGUCUGUGGAAGGUAAUUGGAAGAGCUUACAGCCUAAUGUAUUGAUUUCUCAGGAGUCUGGAGAUAGAGCGGUGAUUAUUCAGCGAACUCAAGUGUGCAUAUUCAACGAAUGGAAAGGCUUUUUCGGAUGGACUUCUGACUUGCGUGCAAUUUUUGGAAGAACCUUUAGAAAGCAAGAGUCAACAUCAUUUAGAACGGUUCCUUUUGUUCUCGUUGAUGGUCAUUCAACAUACUCUGAUUUUGUUGUUGUUAACAUGGAAGGCUCAAGACAUCCCUUACCUCUUACAACUGUGUAUCAUCAACUGCAGCCCGUUUGUGCUACUCCUUAUACCUUCCUUCAAGCAGUUUUUGGUCACGAGUAUCCUGUUGGAGUGCUUGAUGAGGAGAAAAUACUUCCAUUAGGAAAAAAUAUCAGUGCUGUUGGUAUAUGCAGUUUUGAAAAUGGAGUUCCUGUCAUAAAGUCUUGCAGUGAUUUUCCCCAUUUUCUAUGUGAAAUGACUAAGGAUCAGAUGAUUCUAGAUCUAGUUUUCAAAACAAAAUUUCUAUUUUGGAGUAGUAUUGUCCUCGGUUCAUUGACAGUAGGCAUUCUUGGUUAUUCUGCUGUGAGAAAUUGGAAUAGAUGGAAACAAUGGAGGCAACAUAGACGGUUACAGAAUUCAAGGAAUGAUUCCACCACGUCACAACUGGAUUCAAGCAAUGACAUUCCUAUUUAUGGUGAUUUUGCAUCAGACGACGAGGCAGCAACUGUUCCAGAUGACGAGUUAUCAUCAAACGUUCCAGAUGGACAAUUGUGCGUGAUCUGUCUCAUGAGGAGAAAACGAUCUGCUUUCAUUCCGUGUGGUCAUCUAGUUUGUUGCGAACGAUGUGCUGUGUCAGUUGAACGUGAUUCAUCUCCCAAAUGUCCCAUUUGCCGCCAGCAAAUCCGUAGUUCUGUACGGAUUUACGAUUCGUGAAGAGAAACAAAUCAUCUUUUCAGGUUCUAACUACGACAAAUCCCGUUUUGCUGAUAUUAUACUGCUUGAGAUUUCAUAUAAAUGCCAAUCCCUUCCACAAGACAGCAGAUGUGAAGUUUGUUUUUCCUCGUCUAUUUGUAACUAUUUAUCCCCACAUUUUGAUCUCAGGGAUUGUUCUUUAAAGUUUCUAAAGCCACAUUUGAAGUAAUGGCUCUUGUAAAUAUCAGAUAAUAUACACUUUUGAUAUUGUGAUAUGAGAAAAAGAAACUCUAGUAUUGGCUC